AUGGCUUCGGUAGAAUCCACUGGGUCAGAAGCUCCCCCUGUGGACCCGGAUCCCCCCCCACCUCUGGCCUCCAAGAAGAAGAAGAAAUGGAAGGAGAAGGCCAAGGCCCCUGCGGAGGCAGGGGAAGGAGGAGACAAGCCUCUGAAGAGCCAAGCUGAGAUCGAAGACCUCACCAAGGCAGGCCACCAGGCCCUGUUGCUUGGGGAGGCUCAGGAGGCCUUGGCUUGCUUCAAGAAGGCCUUUCUCUUGUCAUUGGAAAUCCCGAGCGUGCAGGUCCAGAAGGCCUGUGCUUUCAACCUGGGGGCGGCCUACGUGGAGACCGGGAAGCCAGAAAAGGGCCUGGAGUUCCUACUCAAGUCCCAGCCCAAGGAGGGAGAGGCUGGGGAGCACUUGGGGGACCUUUACUUUAACAUGGGGGUGGCCCAUGAGGGGCUACAGGACUUCCCCAAGGCCCUGGAGCAUUUCCGCAAGGCCUUGGGUCACUACUGCCCAACCCAGGCUGGCAACCAGGCCGGUGCCUAUAUGAAGAUGGGCUACUGUUACUUGGGGAUGCAGGACCCUUCACGGGCAGCCCAGUGUUUCCAGGAAGCCGGGCAGGCCUACACCGCGGCUGAGAAGCUAGAAGGUGCCGUGGUGGCCCUGGCUGAGGCCAGUAAUUACAUGCUGCAGAGCCGGUGGUACGGGGCAGGGGAGAUCAUCGAGGUGCUGAACAAAUGCCAGCUGCUGUGUGAGAACAUCCCAAACAAAGUCUUGCUGGGCAAGGUCUACAACGACAUGGGCCUCAGUUAUGCCCAGCUCAAGGUCUUCUCCCUGGCAGCCGAAAGCUUCGAGAAAGCCCUCCCGCUCUGCCAAGCCAACCAGGCAGACCGGCGCAAGGAAGCCGUGGUGCUGCAGAACCUGGGCGCUGCCCACAACACCUUGGAGAACUUCGGCAUGGCUCUGGGGUUCCACCAGAGAGCGGCUUUGCUGCACGGUAUGCUGGGGAACAGAAAGGCUCAAGGUCAGUGUUUUGGCAACUUGGCCUAUGCAUUCAGCCAGCUGGGGGACCAUGAGGCCGCGGGGGAGAACUAUCUGCACGCCAUGCAGGCCUUCAAGGAUUCGGAUGACCUCCCUGGGCAGUGGCAGGCUUGUGAAGGGCUAGGAGCAGCCCGCUUCCACUUAGGAGACCCCGAGAAGGCGAUCCUGCAUUACAAGGAGGCACUAACGUUGCUCUCUAAGUGCCGGGAUGUCCCCGAAACGGCCCAGGAGCGGAUCGUGAACAAGCUCACGGAUGCCGUCCAGUACCAGCUCUCUCUGAACAGCCGCUUCUCCCACGGGGGCGGGAUAGCCGCGGCUGCCCCUCUGAAACACUUUCCUGGGAAGUUACAGACCUCCAGUCAGGUCCGGUUUUCCACAGCACUGGACCAGGGGCAUGGGAACAGGCCCCAGGCAUUGCACCAGGGAAGCAAUUCGUCCUUCGUGAAGCACAUCCCCCCAGCAGAGACCACAGAGGAGCAAUAUGAGUCCGUGCUGGGUGCUUCAAUGCAUCCGAGACCUUCUCCACAGCGAAGGGCCCGGGGUGGCUCACAGCACACUGGGAGGCAGCCUCUGCAGGGACCAAGUUACAGGGCUUCAGAGGUGGGUGCUGCACAGACAACGGUCCUGGGGGAAGGAUCCAUGCUAGAUCACAGAGACCCACGCUGCCGCCCGGUGCUAGCACACAAUCGCUGUGAGGAGCUCAACAGCGCUGUCACGGCUCCAGAAUAUCACAACCAGCCCCAGGCUAAUAGCAAUUUGAACAACACUUACCUGCACCCAGAUCCUUUCUACUACAACUGCCUGCAGAAUGGGAGAUGCCAUCAUUCAUCGAAAAAUUUCACAGGCCCUCACGACUAUGAAACCCUCCGACUGAGAACGAGGACCCUGGAGCGAGCUGCUGCCAACCCAGCUGGAUGUCUCCCUGGCGAGAGACCGGAGCCCUGGCCACAGCAAUGGAGACGCAGGUUCGAGUCCAUAAUGUGCACGCUCAUGUGA